GGGGCCGACAGGGGCGGGGCCCGGAGAGCGGCCUGCGCGGCUGGAGGAGGUGGAGGUCGACGCUGAAGUGGCCACAGGCCAGGUAUUAACAGUGUGCAUUGUAUUAGUAUAUUUCAGCAUCAAAACUUAAAAAUAAAGAAGAAUGGCUGUGGAAGAACUUCAAUCCAUAAUAAAGAGAUGUCAAAUUCUAGAAGAGCAAGACUUUAAAGAAGAAGAUUUUGGCCUAUUUCAGUUAGCAGGCCAAAGGUGCAUAGAUGAAGGGUACAUAGACCAGUUAUUAGAAAUUAUUCAAAACGAAAAGAAUAAGGUCAUCAUCAAGAGUAUGGGCUGGAAUCUUGUUGGUCCUGUUGUUCGAUGCCUUUUAUGGAAUGAUAAGGAAGAUGAUAAAAGAAAAUAUUUUCUGAUGCUUGAUUUAUUGAUAAAGUUAUGUAAUCCAAAAGAAUUAUUGUUGGGUUUGCUUGAACUGAUUGAAGAACCCUCUGGAAAACAGAUAUCCCAAAUUAUUCUUCUUUUACUUCAGCCAUUACAAACAGUGAUACGGAAACUUCACAGCAACAAGGCAUAUUCAGUUGGAUUAGCAUUGUCUACCAUUUGGAGUCAGCUAUCUCUUCUUCCUGUUCCAUACUCAAAAGAACAAAUACAGACAGAUGACUAUGGCCUUUGUCAAUGUUGCAAGGCCUUAAUAGAGUUUACUAAGCCUUUUGUGGAAGAAAUCAUUGAUGACAAAGAAAACUCACUGGAAAAUGAAAAGUUAAAGGAUGAAUUACUGAAAUUUUGCUUCAAAAGCUUGAAAUGCCCUUUGCUGACAGCACAAUUCCCUGAACAGUCUGAAGAAGCUGAAAAUGAUCCUUUAAGGUGUUUUGCAUCUGAAAUAAUAGGUUUUUUAUCAGCAAUUGGAUACCCUUUCCCCAAAAUGAUUUUUAAUCAUGGAAGGAAAAAGAGGACUUGGGAUUAUCUUGAAUUUGAAGAAGAAGAAGAAAAACAAUUAGCAGACUCUCUGGCUUCUCUGGCAUAUCUAGUAUUUGUGCAGGGCAUCAGCAUUGAUCAGCUGCCAAUGGUCUUAAGCCCAUCAUACCUUUUGCGAUUUAAUAUGGGGCAUAUUGAAGUCUUUUUGCAAAGAACAGAAGAAUCAGUUUUGUCCAAAGGACUGGAUCUGUUGGAGAACGGUUUGUUGAGAAUAGAAGACAAUAGUCUACUUCACCAGUACUUAGAAAUCAAGAGUUUUCUGACUGUACCUCAGAGCUUAGUCAAAGUAAUGACACUCUGCCCUGUUGAGACAUUGAGGAAAAAGGGUUUGGCUAUGCUUCAGCUGUAUAUUAACAAGUUGGAUGCUCAAGGCAAAUACACGUUAUUUAGGUGCUUAUUGAAUACAAGUAAUCACUCCGGUGUGGAGGCCUUCGUUAUUCAAAAUAUCAAAAAUCAAAUCGACAUAUCAUUAAAGAGAACACAUAACAACAAAUGGUUUACAGGACCACAGCUAAUUUCCCUUCUAGAUUUGGUACUCUUUCUCCCAGAGGGUGCUGAAACAGAUCUACUGCAAAACUCAGAUAGGAUAAUGGCUUCAUUAAAUUUAUUGAGAUAUUUGGUUAUCAAAGAUAAUGAAAAUGACAAUCAAACUGGAUUAUGGACAGAACUUGGAAAAAUUGAGAAUAAUUACUUAAAGCCACUCCAUACAGGACUUAAUAUGUCAAAAGCACAUUAUGAAGCAGAAAUUAAAAAUAGCCAAGAAAAUAGCCAAGAAUUCCAGAAUUCUAAAGGCUUUUGUUCUGUAACUGUAGGUGGAGAAGAGAUCCCUAAUAUGCCUCCUGAAAUGCAGCUUAAGGUCCUACAUUCAGCACUUUACACAUUUGAUUUGAUUGAAAGUGUUCUGGCUCGAGUAGAAGAACUCAUCGAAAUAAAAACAAAGUCUACCUCUGGAGAAAAUACUGGGAUAAAGUGAAAGCUCUGUUUCCUAAAAAGAAGUUAGUAAAAUACUAUAUUUUCCAAUAUGAUUUAAUACCUUUACAAAAAACUUUUCUGUAAAACACUGAUAUAAAAAUAAAUGUAGCUUUUCUUAUCUGUUUCUGUAAUGACACAUUAUGUAUGAGUAGUAUUCUGUGGAUUUAAAAAGAUAAUCUAAUAAAUAAUACCCAUAUAUAAUAAAUACUGUUAAUUUCAUAAAAUAUAGUUGCAUUGCCUUUAUGCAAUCAUAUCGUUUAAUGAGUUUAUUAAAAUACUGAUAUAUUUUUUGUUCCAGUUAGAUGCUAUGUUAUAGUUAGAACUCCUAGUGUUAAAUUGGGUAUCACACCUUUUUUUCCUAAACAUUGUUAAAGGAAUUAUUCAACAAAACUUCUAAAAAUAAAAUGACUUUUAAUUGUAUGUAUUUUAUUAUUUUAAAUUUUAAAAAGCUUUAACCUAUAUAUUUGAACAUUAUAAUUCAACCAGUCUAAUUAUUUUAAUAUUCUUCCAAAAGAACUUUUAUAAUUGAUACUCUAAUUUGGGUUAAAUGAAUCACUGAGAUUUAUCUUUUGAAGAGUUUUCCAAACAGGACUGUGCUCAAUGAUGUAAGCUUUAGUUGCUAUCAUUCUGUAGCAGAUGUUGUCUAUGUAUGGCUUGGAAGUGAUCUGGAAAAAGAUAAAAACAUGCAAUGUUAUUUAUAGAAAUAAGGUCUUUUUACAGAGUCAAAUAAAAAAAUCCUAACUUUUGCCCUGGCCAGGUGGCUACUUUGGUUGGAGCAUCGUCCAUUAUACCAAAAGGUUGUGGGUUUGAGUCCCAGUCAGGGCACAUACCUAUGUUUUCAGGUUCAAGCCCCAGUCAUCACACAUACAGGAGGCAACCAAUUGAUGUUUCCCCCUCUCCUUCCCCCUUCCUCUCUCUAAAAUCAAUAAAACAUAUCCUUGGGCAAGGAUUUGAAAAACACCUACCUUUCAAUUAUAAGAAUUUCAAACAUGAAAACCAAAAAGUAGAAUUCUGUAAGAGCUGCUUUAAUGGAGACCUAUUCCAAAUUUGAAUAAGGGACAUGUGGUGGCCUAGGGAAGUCAGGGCACAGGAAGAUAAGCGUGAAAAGAAAGUGGACAGCUGGUAGAGUGCCUUCCCUAAAACUGUAUGUUUGUACUCGACAGUUGAUGACUACAGCCUGACCAAUAUUUAUACUUUAGAAUUUUGAAGUAAGAUUUAAGUAACCAAUAGGGCCAACAUAAUAUAUAUAUGACCAAAUGCUCUUUUAGCUGAAAUGAGUCGUUCUGGUAGUGGCUACCAGAAAUAAAUCGAGAAGACUUGAGAGGCUGAGUUCAGGCUUAGGAGAGAAUCACGGUACAUGCUGAAAUAGCAACUUCGUUCAGGGGAACUGAAGCAGAGUAUUUGUCAGCCCUCCGCAAGAAGGUUUGCAUUUUGGAGUGUGUGAGUGUGUGUUUAUGUGUCAUUUUCCAUAGGUGACUCACCUUUGCUAUAGUGCACAUAAGAUUAACAGCAUUUACUGUGUUGUGUACUGGAAGUAUCCGUAAUUUACUACCCAGGAAUCUGAAAAAACAAUUCAUAAGUUAAACAGAUCAUAUGAUUUAUUAACAUCUUCUAUCUUAAGUAAGUGAAUAAAGAGACAAACCUC